UGUUGUAUUUAGAUCAUGGAGCAAAUCAAAGUAGACCAUCUCCCUGAUGAAGAGACGAGCAGACAUGUGGUCCGUGUUGGCUGGUCUACAGGGGAUACAAGUAUGCAGCUAGGUGAAGAACCCCAUUCCUAUGGUUAUGGUGGUACUGCAAAAUCAUCAGUAAACUGUAAAUUCAAUGACUAUGGUGAGACAUUUGGAGAGGGAGAUGUCAUAGGAGCUUAUGUGGACUUUGAGAGUGAUCCAGUCAUCAUAAAAUUCACCAAGAAUGGUGUUGACCAAGGCAACUGUUUUGAAGUCCCUGCCUCUGAACUUGAAGGGAAAGCAUUGUUCCCCCAUGUCCUCACAAAGAACACAGAAUUUGAGGCCAACUUUGGGCAGAAAGAGGAACCAAUGAGUACCAUCUUGGAAGGCUUCACUUUUCUGAAUGCUGUGCAAGUAGAGAGCCGCCAGAGAGGUGCACUACCACCAGAAAAGAAGGAAGACUGUGAGGUCCUUAUGAUGUGUGGACUGCCUGGAAGUGGCAAGACCUACUGGGCUAACAAACAUGUAGCAGAGUUUCCAGAUAAACAAUAUUGCAUUCUUGGUACAAACAACAUUAUUGAUAAGAUGAAGGUGAUGGGCUUGCCUCGCAAGAGGAACUAUGCAGGACGCUGGGACGUUCUCAUUGACAAAUCUACAAGAUGCCUGAACAGGCUUUUGGAGGUGGCUGCCAGAAAGAAAAGGAACUACAUUUUAGAUCAGACAAAUGUGUAUCCAUCGGCCCAGAGACGUAAAAUGCGCCCUUUUGAAGGCUUUCAACGCAAGGCUAUAGUGGUAAUACCAACAGAUGAGACGUUCAAAGAGAGGAUUGCAGGUCGGGAGAAAGAGGAGGGCAAAGAUGUGCCUGAACAUGCAGUACUUGAAAUGAAAGCUAACUUUCACCUGCCAGAGGUUGGCAGUCCCUUUGAUGCUGUGGAAUUUGUAGAGCAAAGCAAAGAAGAAGCUGAGAAGCUUGUGAAACAGUACAAUGAGGAGGGUCAGAAGAUGUUUCCUCCUCAUAAACGUUUCCGCAGUGAUGACAGGCGUGGAGGUCGUGACUUCCGUGGUGGAGAUAGGCGUGAUUUCAGGGGUCGCGGAGGUGGUUACCAAGAUCGCAAUCGCUACGGAGGUGGUGGUGGUGGCCGCGGGGGUGGCUUCAGGGACAGAUAUGGAGGCAGGGAUGACCGUGGAAGGGGAGGAAGAGGUUCUUAUGGAGACCAUCAUGGCUACCAGGGCAGAUCUCAUUCAGGCAGGGGUGGCUAUGAUCGACGUGGUGGUGGUGGUGGUUACAUGGGAUACUCAUCUCAUGACAGAAAUAGAGCACAUAACUAUGGCGGAAAAGAUGAUCGCCAGGGCUACCAGAGUCGCCAUUCUGGUGGUGGUGGCAGCUAUGGUGGAAGUAGAUGGGGACAGCAAGGCAGUUGGGGAGGUGGCAGUCAGCAGGGACAGUGGGGUGGUCAGAGACAAUGGGGUCAACAAGGGCAAUGGGGUGGACAAGGCCAGUGGGGUCAGUCCAGUCAAUGGAACCAAGGCCAGUGGGGAGGAGGAUAUAACCAAGGUUAUGGGCAGAAUUAUUAUAAUCAGGGAGCAAGUAGUGGCAGUUCCAGUCAGUCUGGUAGUUCAUCAGGGCAAUGGAGUGGCUAUGGUAACCAGUGGUCUCAGCAACCAAGCUCCUAUGGCCAGAGUGGGCAGUCAGGUUACAGUCAGGGAUGGGGAGGAUACGGGUCAUACUCCAAGUAGAGGAGAAGUGAACAUUUCCUUUUGAAAAGUUCCAUCUGACUGAUAUGAAUCCUUGUACAUAAUAACAGUGAAAAGUAUAUAGACCUCACUGAAGAACUUUUCUUUUAAAGGCUAUUAGAUUUCACCACAAACCAUUAUGCAGCUGUUGUUCAGAAAUUUCUAGACUGCAGUGAAUUUGGAAAUGAUAUACCCAUUAAUGAAGAUUAUUUAACGGGCAAUGUUCUAUUUUAAGUAAGUUGGCACUGCUAGACUUGUACCAAAAAAAUAUCAUUUUGAAGAUGUUUGGGAUAUCUUUGACAGAUUGGGAAUAGUAAGCUUUUUGUCUUCAAGUUUUAGACUUGGCAGUGUACAAAAAAAA